GCUGAGAAGAUGAGUUUCCUGGCAAAUUUGGAAUUGAGCUUUGCUGAAUGUAUCAUAGAUGGAGGAAAAGCCACCCUUGGAGUCAGGCAAAGGGCAGGAAUGGACCCUGCACAGCGGAUGAGACAGAAUGAGGUCAUCUCGCAAGCAGUGUGUGCUUUGCUGAAUUCCGGUGGGGGAAUGGUCAAGGUUGAGAUUGAGAACGAAGACUAUAAUUAUGAGUGUGAUGGAGUGGGCCUGGAUCUGCCGCCAUUGUUCAGAAACCAUUUAGAAGAGAUGCUGCAGGGGAAGCUCUUCUUAAUAUUUGUGAACUCAUGGAAUGUGGCAGCCUCAGGCGUGCGGCUCGCUACCUUGUGUUCCAAUUUGUACCACAGACGUGGAACAUCUACGGAGGUCAUGGAUUCUCUAGAAGCUCUGCUAUUCUUUAGAAGAAGGGUCCAGGCUCUUGGGAAUGUUGAUGAUCCCAACUCGUUAAAUCCACAGGAAUCUCCGGUUGAUAUUCAGAUGACCUUAGCUUCUGCUUUAUUUGGUGAACAGCAGCUUCAGUACCUGGAAAAACUCAACUUUACAGAGUCCCCACACGUUGUAUUUCAAAUGUUCUCGGCAGACCUUGCCCAGGGCAUUAAAGAGAGGCUCCCCAAGUGUGUUUCUGCACUUGCCAAUUCUGAAGGGGGAUAUGUGUUUUUUGGUGUGCACGACGAGACCAGUCAAGUCAUUGGAUGUGAAAAGGAAAAAGUAAAUCAUUCCAGCUUGUUGGCUAUGAUUAAUGGCUGUAUCAGGAAGAUGCCUGUCCAUCACUUCUGUUCACAGGCCCAUAAAGUGCAGUGUGACCUCAAAUCCCUUGAAGUGUAUGAUAAGGGGGUCCUCCGUGGGUACGUCUGUGCAAUCAAGGUGGACCAGUUCUGCUGCGCAGUGUUCGCCAAGGCGCCUGAUUCCUGGGAGAUGAGGGACACUCAGACGAAGCAGCUAGCCAUGAAGGACUGGGCAGCUUGGAUGACAGAAACUGACUCAGGUCAGGGAACAAGACUGAAAUGA